UUAUUUUGAAGGUUUUGACAGGAAGUUGUCCUUUAGCACAGAAGCUAACCUGAUUCUACAAGUGUCUUUGUAAGCGCUACGAACAAUUAUGAAAAAAGUGGGACUGCGUUAUUUUUAUUACUGACUGAAAGCCUUGUAUUUUUUGUUUAACAAAGCUUAAUCCAGCUCUACAAGCCUACAACACAGGAGUCUGGGUUUUUAAAUAACAUUACUUCCUGGUUAAGAAGAGUGGACCACGGUUGGUUUGGACACUUGAAAUCCCAGUGAACUUUUCCUUCAGCUGCUGAAGUCUGUGGUCGAUCAGCAAGAUGAGACAAGCUGAGUACUUCAAAAUUAUGCUACGAGCAUUUAAAGACGUGGUUCCAGUCUUUCCAGUCGGGGUGCUAACAGUUGUACUUUGGUCUUGCUUUCUCUUUGUUAUCCAAACAUUUUUUAACUUCACUCCAGGUGUCUUGAGUGUUGGUGCCUCCGUUUUUAACAGUGGACACAUUCACAGGCUCUUCUUGUAUCCAAUUUACCACAGAACUUUUCCACAGCUCCUCCUGAGUAUUGCAGUCAUGGCGUGUCUCAGUGGCAGUCUGGAGAAAGGGUUUGGCACUGUGCGUUUCCUGCACUUGUUCCUCUUGAUGUCGACUACCACAGGAGUGUUUUACAGCUUUCUGGAUCUCUUGCAGAGUGACAACAGCCAUAGUCACACCGAGGGGUUGCUUCCUGUGGCUCUGGCAUGUGUAGCUUUAACUACCAUGCAUACUAAAAUGAGCAAAGGAUUCCUGUGUGGGGUCAGUUUUCCCACCAUUGCUCUCCCCUGGGUGUUCCUCAUAACCACCACUGCCCUCAUUCCUCACAGUGUGCUACCCUGUAAUGUCAUAGCUAUUCUGGUUGGGUGGAUAUAUGGGAAAGGAUGGUUCUCCCAUCUGGAUUUAUCUGAGGCCAGGGCAGGUGUUCUGGAAAAGAGGAUGCCAUUUAGGUUUCUGAGGAGUAUUGGCGGUGUUAUGUUUGUACCUGCUUCCACAGAAGAGCGGAGGAAGACACUUCUUCCACAAAUCAAUCCGACACCUGGAUCCUACCCGGUCCAGGCUUACGCUCCACUGUCCAGCAUCAACACUGCAGAUACCAAGUAUUACGAAGGUUGGCCAAAUAUGACCAGUGCUUUGUCCAGUCCUGCACCACCUAUUCAUCCUCAUGUACAUGGCUCUGCACAUAACUUUGGGAUAAGUCAUGGACCUGGUUCAGAGCUGAGAUUUGGCCACAGCUUACACCCCAGCCAUAGUCAUAGUUAACGAUAGUCAUGGGUAUGAUAUGUUUUAUGUACAUAAAGAUACAUUUUGUUUGACCUAUACUGUUUUUUCCCCAUUAAAUUCUUGUUUUGACAUGUAGCAUCUAUUACUGGAUUGUGUCUGCUUCAAAGUCACAGCUUAGAUAGUUCUUUUUAUAGCAGCCUUCUGUAGACUUACAAAGUAUUUAUAGUGUCUGCCUGCCUCUUUUAUUUUGACAUUUAUCUGAGUGCAUUCAUGUGGUGGGUGAUCUUUAUACCUUAAUUUGAAUAUUUACUGAUUUUGUGCCAUUUUGUAUAUUUUUUAUGAGUAAAGUUGUACAAAACAA